CUCGUAACAAAAGGAGAUAAAGCUAAAAAAAGAGAGAAGAAAACAUAAGCCGAGAUUGGAUAAAUGUAGACGGUCCUGAACGGAAGGGGUGGCCGCUGGCGUUCGGUUGAAUGGGUAGCGCUUCCCUUGUCGUCGGCCCGCCGCCGGGCUCCCUCCGUCCUCGCAAGCCCCACCGUCGUCCCCGCCCUCGACCGCUCCUCUCCCUCUCCGGCUGCUCCUCUUCCCAUCCCGACGCCUCCUCCCGCUCCAACGGCAAAUUAGAAAAUCUCACAACCCAAAUCCAAAAAGGUUCCAAUGAUGUGCCUGCGGAAGGUCAACUUGAAAGCCAGGUUCGGGUGACUGGUGGUGCAUAUGAUUUCCAAAGGGCAACAACGUCGCUCACUAACGAGCUCCUAUCGUCUUCCAAAAAGGUGACUCUUGUAAGGCAUGGUUUAAGCUCUUGGAAUGAAGAAAGUCGGGUCCAGGGAAGCUCAAACUUAUCUAUAUUAACAGACACGGGAGCUAGGCAAGCUGAGAAGUGCCGGAAUGCUUUGGUCAGCAUAAGCUUUGACGUCUGCUUCUCUAGUCCUAUCUCGCGUGCAAAGACAACUGCUGAAAUAAUAUGGCAUGGAAGGGAACAACCACUGGUUUUUCUUGAUUCAUUGAAGGAGGCGCACCUGUUCUUUCUAGAAGGAAUGACAAAUGCGGAUGCUAAAACGAAGUAUCCGAAGUUAUAUACCACAUGGAGAGAAGAUCCGGCUAACUUUCAUGUGGAUGGCAUUUAUCCUAUUCGAAGAUUAUGGGUAACAGCAAGAGAGGCUUGGAAGGAAAUUUUGUCCACGCCAGGGGAGAAUGUUUUGGUAGUCACCCACAAAUCCAUUUUGCGGGCGCUCAUUUGCACAGCUCUAGGACUUGGGCCCGAGAGGUUUCGUGCAAUUGAUGUGAAUAAUGGUGGGAUUUCUAUUUUUACGUUUAACAGGCGAGGGGAGGCGAUGCUUCAGUGCUUGAACAUGACAGCCCACAUGUAUAGCAAUCAUAUGUAUCAAUACUGAAGAGUCUGCAUAUCAAAGAACCUGUCUUGUUUAAUAAAGUUGAGUCCUAUCCAUGUUGAGCAAAUUUGAUGAAGGGAAGAUCCCAUUACAAAUUUGAGAGUGCACAAAACCUGAAGUAAGAUGGAAAAUUUGAGUGGCUACAAGCUGUAUAACUUACGAAGUUUUGGUAGCAAUAUCUGUUGUCGGUUGAUGCGGUCGAAGUAGGGUAAUCGCAGUCUAGACUUGGAAAAAAAGGCCAGCAUCAAAGAAAACCAAGUGACAUCUUUAUGUUACCUGUAACAUGAAAUUCACCUGGAAGCAUCUAAUUUGCUGUUGUAGAGGUUUGUAGCCCUAUGGCAUUCAGUUGAUCUGCUCAUAAUUUUCUUCUGAAUAUUA